AUGGCACCAGAGAUCUCUUCAAACAAAGACAAGCUACUGCCUCUCAUCACAACCCCGGCCUACGCAACAGGAAAGAACGAUCCUUUUACGAUCUACGCCUCUCGCAUCACGCUCUCUCACAAUGCCUUCAUUCGCGGCUUCAAUAGCAUCUAUCAACAAGCUCCAAACCUCACCCCUUCCGACCAUAAAGACUUCAUUGGCUACUGCCUGGCCUGGUACACGUGCGUCGGCGAGGACCACUCUCGGGAAGAGAUCCGGUUCUUUUCGGCGAUGGAGGACGCUACUGGAGAGGAGGGAAUUUUGGAUCAUGAGGUUACCUUUUACACCGACUACCGAGACGACAUGCAGAAGCUCAAGAACUAUCUCCUCAGUUUCGAACAUUUCCGACACCCAGAAACCGAGUUCGACGUGUCGCGCCUGCUCUUUCUAAUGGACAGGAUCGCGCACCCGCUUCACACUCAUCUCGCCUCCGUGCCCCAAUCGAUACUAGCUCUGUCCCGCUUUUCCACCCCAGAGCGCCCAAUUGACCUUCUCAAGAUCGACCGCUCCCUCGAUGUUCCCGACGAGAAGAAGACGACCAAUUAUAUCUUCAACGUUCUGCCCGCGUGGCUGCUGAACCUGGAGACUGAGGAGUUUGAGGGAGGCAGGUGGAAGGGUUGGCCGGAAUCCAAGGUAAAAAGAGUGCUUACGGGCUUGGUGCCCCUGAUGAACAGAGGCCGGUGGCGCUUCUCGAGCUGUGAUUGGAGAGGGCGGUGGAGGAAGGGGAGGAGUUAG